AUGCAGCACAAGAGCGGAGAACAUAUCGAGCCUGAGGUGAGCAAUGUCGCCAAUGAGGAGGCGGCCUCUGAAACCUCAACCAUUCGUCAUAGUCAUGAGCCCUUUGAAUACUUCCAACACAAGAAAUAUAGCUUUAAGUGGUUCAAGUCGCAAUAUCUAGGCGCUCUACGGAAAAGCAAAUCACACGGAGCAGAGUCAUACAUUGUCCGUAUUCCUCGCCAAGACGGAGAUGAUAUGGACCGCAAUGUUGCCAUUUUGAAAGCAACUCGGUCACAGCUUAAAUUACCGGUCCCGAAUGUCAUCACUUACGAUCUGUCAGCCAGCAAUGUCUUUGAGAAGCCGUACAUGAUCCAGAAACGCCUACCAGGCCAAAACCUUGCGCAGCUCUGGAAAUCCCUGAAUAUGGAACAAAAGCAGUGCGCCGUAAAGCGCAUCACUGACCUAUUUUCUAGGAUUGCUUCAGUUGAAGGACCAGCCGGUGAUAUAUCGCUUGAAAAUCUCUCACGAGCUCCAAACGGGUGCAUCCACAUUGAGAAGUUCUGUGUUCCAGCUCGCGGUCUAGAAGAUGAAUCCUUUGACAAGGCAAAUACUUGGUCAGCACUACCACAAAAGCCCCUUGACCAUCUGCUCGAACAAUGCGAACGAUGGCGCGAGUAUCAAACGUCGCAAGGUGCAUGCUUCGAUGAGAUUUGGGACAGCUUCGCUGCUAUCUCCAAGGCUCUGGAGGCGCGUGGAUUUCUUGAUGGGCCAAGUGGCUUACUUCAUGGAGAUCUCAAGGCGUACAAUCUACUCGCAGAGGUACAAAGCCCUACCGAAGUCGAGAUUACCGGCGUCAUCGAUUGGGACUAUGCCGUCGUUGCGCCCGAGUGUGUAGCCUACCGUGCCCCAUUUUGGCUUUGGAUUCCCGAAGAUAUGGAUAGUGCUGAUGAAGACGAUGAAUCUAAUGCGAACCUUGAACCUUGCUCAGAUGAAGGCCGGAUAUUCAAGGAUGUGUUCCUGUCCCAUGCUUCAGAGAAGUUCAAACGUUAUGCUUUUUCCCCCGAAGCAUUGCUGGCUAGACGUAUGUUUCUCAUCUUGCAGAAGGGCAUCUUUGGACCCUGGAACAUGAUGGAAGCAGAUAACAUCAUUCGUGAUUGGGAUGAAUUACAUCCAGGGGACAACGUCACCACCGCCGAUAUAGGCGCUAAUGCCUCUAUAGGCAUCUUCUACUAG